AUGGAGUCGCUUAGAGGAUGGCAUGGAACUGUUUCGUUAGCAACACAGUCACUUACAACACUCUUGUCCAAGGGUUCUUCAAAUCUGGCGACUGUGGUAAUGCACUACAAGUUUUCAAACAUAUGGUUUCUGCUGGACAUACAACAGUGUCUGAUCUCAGAGCUGAGCUGGGCUUUGUAA